GUCUAUUUUCAUUAUCAUGAUGCAACGUUUGCUCUACGAGACAUCGUGGAGCCUCCUCUUUGGCUGGCUCAGCAAAGCCUGCAGGACGUGUGGUAUGGCCUCUUCUACUGUCACCCAUUGCGUGCGUGGGACCCUCUCGAAGUCUUGUACAAGCAAACGUUCCUCUACGACUAUAGGCGAUGGACGGAUCUGGAAGUCCCCGCGGAAGAGCGUCUUCUGCGGCUGAAGCAGUACUUGACUGCAUGGCAUGUCCCAGAUAGUCAGUAUGUCCUUCGGCUCGACAGAAGCAUGGAGGUUUCUGCCAGCCAGCUUGCGUUGCGACAGGAGGCCGGCCAGGAGUUCUGGGCCAAUUGUGCCACCGAGAGGCAGACGUGGCAGGACCGGGCCAAGGCUGCCAGUCGCAAGCGCGCGCCGCCGGGAAGUCGGGUCGCGUUGUUUUCUCAGAUCCGUGACUGUGCAAACAUCAUUGAGAGCUUCGUCCGCCACUACGCAGCUUUGGGCUUCUGCAAAUUGCUGUUGUACCUCGAUGACCCCAGCGAUUCCGCGGCAGAAGUGCUACAGAAGAGCGGCUGGGUACAGGCCGGCUUCGUGGAACUGGUUGCAGUCGACGCACAACUUCGUGAGCAGUGGCCUUCCAUGCCUUCGUGGGAACGCGUCGGGCGAUUUGCAGACAUGGAGGUGCAGAGCCGGCAGAUCCUGAACAACGAACACGCGCUGCGCCGGGCCGGCGAGCUCCGCUUGGACUGGCUGCUGCACGUGGACAGCGACGAGCUGCUUGGAGCUUAUUCGCGAGGCUGCAUCCCGGCAGAACCCAGCUUCCACAGAUUUUGCCCCUUCCUCUGCGCCAAAGUCAUGCUCCCGGAAGAGGCUGCAACCACUGCCCGGAAGUCGGUCAGACGCUCGAAGAUUGCUUUCCCGGAGCUGACAAGUCCCGCUUCGGUCCAGCAGGUUUUGGCUCGACAUGCAAAGCUUGCUGCACGGUGGCGAUCGGACACCUCUACAUUCAGCGCGCUAAACCUGGAAGUCGCGGAUGUGAAGCCGUCGCUGCAAUCUCCUCUGUUCACGCUCCUCCUCAAGUCUUCGUUCAAGCCUUCGGAGAAGGCCCAGGUUCCGGAUGCCAAGCCAACCGUGGAGCCAGAACAGGACGAGCGAGCUCAACAGAAGGCUUGGCUGGCAACCAGACAGAAGCUUCUUAGCUUCCGAAAACUUGUUGAGGACUCUGUGCCUCCUGAAAUGGUGGGUCUCGGGACGAAACUGAUGAUUGUGCCCAGCAUGGACCCACUGAAGCGACAGCAAUCGGAGCCGUGUCCGUCCACAUUCACUGAGAAGUCGAUGCCCAAGCGGCAAACUUCAACAAGGGAGCCAAGGAGUCGUGGCGGCUCAAGAUCAGGGAUGUCCCCUGCGAUGGCCUUGCCGACUCCAUCCGCAAAUGCCUACCGCGUCGGAACUACACCGCAAUCCGACAUUGAGAGCUUGAAGCGGAAGGUGCAAAGCUUGCUCAACAAGGUGUGCCCUGAGAAUUUGGCAACCAUCGUUGGGCAGAUCGCCGCCGUUCAGGUCGAGGGGCAAGAGCAGCUCGAAGCGAUCAUUGAGUUGAUCUUCCGGAAAGCAGUCACCGAACCACACUAUUGCGAGACAUAUGCGGAUCUGGUGUUCAGCCUCAAGUCUGUUUACCCAGACUUCCCCAGCCCCGAUGGUGGAAAGCCGGUGACCUUUCGAAGUUUGGUCCUCAACAUCUGUCAAAACGAAUUCGAGGAGCUGUUGGCAUCUUCCGACCUUACGGAAGAAGAGAAGUCCAACUGCGAUGCAGAGGAGAAGGCACACCUGAUCAAGCAAAAGAAGCACAGGAUGUGUGCAAACAUGAAGUUUAUCGGGCAUCUGUUUCUGCGACAGCUUCUGUCCACGAAAGUUGUCGGCUCCGUCAUCUGCGAGCUGGUUUGCUUCGAAGAUGACAAGACAACGCCCGAGGAGCAUGCGCUUGAGUGUGCUUGCGAGCUGCUCCUGACAGCUGGCUAUACGAUGGAGAGCCUGCCAGCAGGAGAAGUGGCGCUGAGACUGGCUUGUGACAGACUCAAGGACCUGAAGGUGCGCAAGACACCUGAAGGCAAGAACGCGUACAGCAAGAGGAUGCAGUUCAUGAUCCAGGAUGUGUUGGAGACUCGAGCCGCCGGCUGGUCGAAAAAGGUCUUCAAGGCCUCGGCCAAGACCAAAGAGGAGCUGCGCGAAAGCAGCGAGAAGGCCAGUGGCAAGGAAGCAGUGGCAGAGCACGUGGUCACAGGAAAGCGACCUGUGUACCUGGGCUCCAGGUGA